AGGAGCCGGGAAAAGAUAGAAAAGCCAUCAGUGGCCCAGCAGCUCACCGCGCUCCUUCCCAGCUCUCCCGGCCUGCGCUCCAGCCCUGCUGCAGCCAUGAGGUCCUCCGUGUCUCAGCAGACGUCCUCCACCAAAGAGGCCUUCGGCUCUAACUCUGCCAGUGGUAGGGGCGGCUCCCGGGCCCCCAGCAGCAUCAGCUGGGUGACCGUGUCCCGGAGUGGUGGCAGCGGUGGGAGGACCCACAGCGGGUCCAGCGGCCCCAGCACGGGUGGCUUUUGCAGCCGGAGCCUCUAUAACUUGGGGGCCAGCAAGAGCAUCUCGGUCAGCGUGGCUGGAGGGGCCUCAUCUGGGCAGACCCGGGGAGGCUGCCUUGGUUGUGGGGCCUAUAUGGGCCUGGGGGCUGGCAGGCAGACGUUCGGACCCGCCUGUCCUCCUGGAGGCAUCCAGAAGGUCACUGUCAGCCAGAGCCUGCUGACCUGCCUCAAUGCAGAGAUCGACCCAGAGAUCCAGCGGGUGCGCACCCAGUGGCGGGAGCAGAUCAAGACCCUGAACAACAAGUUUGCCUCCUUCAUCGACAAGGGGUCCCCGGCACCUUGGAACAAAAAGUUCCAAGCUCCUGCCCUGAAUGCCAGGACUGUUAUGGGAAAAUAG